CCGCUGUCCCUCCCUCUCGCACACACACACCCACACACACACACGCACACACACACCCACACACACAAACACACACACUGACACUGACACACACACACGGAGCGGGACUGAGCGGAGCUGUGUGCCCGGAGAGGAGGACUUAAUGACCGUCAGACGAUGGGACUCCGUGUGUUUCUGAACAAACCGUGUUAACUGGAGGAACCUGAACGUGUCUGACGAGUUGACCAAUCACAGACCAGGGUGUUGGAUGUGUUGCAGGGUGCUGAAGGCUCAGAGGUCAGACAGAGGUCAGAGGUCACCAGGGGUCAGGGGUCACCAUGCAGAGUAUAAAGUGUGUGGUUGUGGGUGACGGGGCUGUGGGGAAGACCUGCCUCCUCAUCUCCUACACCACCGGAGCCUUCCCCAAAGAGUACAUCCCCACCGUGUUCGACAACUACAGCAGCCAGGUGACUGUGGACGGCCGGACCAUCAGUCUGAACCUGUGGGACACAGCAGGGCAGGAGGAGUAUGACCGCCUGCGGACGCUGUCCUACCCGCAGACCAACGUCUUCAUCAUCUGCUUCUCCAUCUCUAGCCCCGCCUCCUACGAGAACGUCAAACACAAGUGGCACCCAGAGGUGUCCCAUCACUGCCCCAGCGUUCCCAUCCUGCUCGUGGGCACUAAGAGCGACCUGCGGGCCGACGGCGAGACCCAGAGGAAGCUGAAGGAGCAGAACCAGGCGCCCGUCAGCCCCCAGCAGGGCGCCGCGCUCGCCCGCCACAUCCACGCCGUCCGCUACCUCGAAUGCUCGGCGCUCAACCAGGACGGCAUAAAGGACGUGUUCGCCGAGGCCGUGAAGGCCUUCCUCAACCCGGCGCCCGCCGCGGUCAAGAAGCCCUGCGUCCUGCUGUAGGAACGGGCCUCGAACGCAACACGCCCAGCGCAACGCUGUCUGAGAGACUGUUUGGAAAAUGUUAGUUUAACCGUCCUGUUGUCUUCAGGUCCAAACUGAAAAUCAACACUGUUUUCGACACAUUUUUCAAUGCUUUUUUCAACAUUUUUUUUAAACAUUUUGGGGUU